CUGUCGCAAAACAACAUCACUUUUGGAUGCCGAACCAUCCGUAUGUUGAUUAAAGUCCAGUUGCAUUAUAUGUACGUUCUGGUUUGUGUGCUUCUACUGAUACCUUGGAGACGCGUGAAGGUGGUCUCAAUCGUGGCUACUCCCUGUACACAGCCGACACAAUAGGGGAAAGAGCUAGCUUAGGACUUUUGAACCCUCAAUUAAUCGCACAGCUUGAGUGACACUACCUCCACAAUGUUCAAGUCACUAGGUCUCGGCGGCGACAAGCCUCCAGCAGGCCUACAAUGGCGCUCACACACCCUCUUCAUCGCCACGACCGUCGGCAUGGGUGCCUUUACAGAUCUCUUCCUCUACGGUCUCAUCGUUCCAGUCCUACCUUUCCUCCUCAAAGACCGCAUCAACACUCCCGAAUUGCAAAUCCAAGGCACCAUCUCCAUGCUUCUAGCCGUCUAUGCAGCAGCAUCAUGCGCCGCCUCGCCCAUCACUGGCGUCCUGGCCGACAAAUUCGCUUCCUCACGCCAGCUGCCUUUCACAGUCAGCUUGUUGAUGCUUGUCGCUGCAACGGUCAUGUUUGCUUUCGGCCAGAGCAUUGCGGUGCUGAUUGUUGGGAGGCUACUGCAGGGAGCGUCAGGAGGCGUGGUCUGGACACUCGGCCUGGCCAUCAUCGUCGAGACCGUCGGGCAAGAGAACCUAGGCAGAACGAUGGGAACGAUCUUCAGCUUCAUCUCCGUCGCCGGUCUCUUCUCACCCAUAUGCGGCGGGUUGCUGUACGCUAAGACAGGCUACAAUGGUGUCUUCGGCGUAGGCAUCGGCCUUGUAGCUAUCGACUUCAUUCUGCGCAUCUUGAUGGUUGAGAAGAGAGUUGCCGAUAAGUACCUCCCUUCCGAUCCCAAUGGGCAGACACAACAGAGCAAUGGCGCGAGCGAGACUGAAGACACUGAGCAAACCCCCCUCCUGCCAGACUCUCACACAUCAGCCUUCGACGAGCGUUUCCGUCUAUCCCUCCCAAAGAACCGCAUAACCCGCGAACUCCCCAUUCUGCUGCUCCUCCGGGAUCUAGGUCUUCUAACCGCUAUUUUCAUCGCGUUCAUGCAAGCCACGCUCCUCGGCUCAUUCGACGCCACCAUCCCGCUCGUCGCAAAAUCAUCCUUUGGUUUCGACAGCCUGAAGGCCGGCCUUCUAUUCCUCCCUCUCGGUGGCGCAGACUUCUUCCUCGGCCCCGCGUUCGGAUGGGCAGUCGAUCGAUACGGAGCUCGGCUGUUCUCUGUUAUCGGUUUCGCUUUCCUCGUUCCAUCUCUUAUCCUCCUUCGUCUACCAGAGGAGACCUCAAUCAUCGAGAAGCUCGACAACGGCCAUCUCAUUGCACUCUACGCAUCGAUCCUCGCACUCAACGGCGCAGGAUUCGCGAUCAUCGGCUCGCCCAGCAUUGUCGAGGCCGGACGCUUGGUGGAGAACUACUCAAAUGCCAACAAGGAUAUCUUCAUCGAAGGGGCUCCGUGGGCCCAGCUAUACGGUAUCAACAAUAUGGUGUUUAGUGGGGGGUUGACUAUAGGACCGCUUCUCGCUGGUGCACUGAGGGAGAGAAUAGGGUACGGGAACAUGAACGCAGUAUUGGCUGGAGUGUGUGCGGUUACGGCCGUGUUGGCUGCGCUGUUCAUUGGGAGGAAGGAUGAUAAAGGGAAUAGUGAUGACUGAGUGGGGUGUCUAUCAGAGUCAUUUGCUAAGUAGUGGAUUGUGCGCGUAAUAGAACUUGAGCUCAG